AUGGCGUCUGAGCGUGUCCUUUCCGAGACCUCCCCGUUGCUGGUGCCCGGCAACGGCACUGCCACUACUGGAGCAAUAGACAUCCCCCAGGAGGAAUGGGCAGAACCAAGAAAUUGUGAUGAGGAUCAGGCCAAGGAGCCGUUUCCAGAUGCUCAAGUACAGCUCAAGUAUUUUAUUCCGGCAAUUUCAUUAGGUAUAUUCAUGUCAGCUGCGGACCAAACCAUCAUUAUGGCCAGCUAUGGACAAAUUGGUAGUGAUUUGAAAGCUCUCAAUUUGACCAGCUGGAUUGCCACUUCAUACUUUCUGACCUUGACCUCAUUUCAACCGCUGUACGGAAAAUUAAGCGAUAUCUUUGGCCGAAAGGAAUGUCUGCUUUUUGGCUACGCCGUUUUUGGACUUGGAAAUCUAGGCUGUGGGCUUGCACGUAAUAUUUAUGAGCUGAUUGCGGCGCGCGUUUUCCAAGGAAUUGGAGGUGGCGGUAUGACCACUGUUGUCAGUAUCUUAAUGAGUGACCUUGUUCCCCUGCGCGACCGAGGUCUCUGGCAAGGCAUUAUCAAUCUCGUCUAUGCCACUGGAUCAACCGCGGGCGCACCCUUAGGAGGGAUCCUAGUUGAUUACAUCGGCUGGCGUUGGGCUUUUUUGUUACAAUUUCCCAUAUGCGUCCUGGCUAUUGUUGCUGUAUCCCUUAUGCUCAAGCUUCCGACCCACGAAAACACAGACUGGAAGGCGAAGCUAAAGCGCGUUGACUUCCUUGGCGCGGUUGUCCUCGUCGGUGCUGUCCUAGGCCUCCUAGUUGGUUUGGAUCGUGGCAGCAAUGUGUCAUGGACGAUGCCACUAACUAUCGUUUCACUGAGCUUGUCAGCGAUUUUCUUUGUUCUCUUCGUGCUAGUGGAACUAUAUGUCGCAGCUGAGCCCUUUGCACCGGGCCACAUCAUCUUCAACCGCACUUUUUUCUCCCUCUAUUGCUGCAAUUUCUUCAGCUUCGGAGGCUGGUUUGCCGUUCUAUUCUACAUCCCACUUUAUUUCCAGGCCGUUGAUGGUGUAUCUGCCUCUGGCGCUGGUUUGCGCUUAUUACCGAGCAUUCUGUCCGGUGCAACCGGGUCGAUUCUCGCUGGUCUCAUCAUGAAGUGGACAGGGAAAUAUUACUGGCUCACGAUUGCAGCAUACUCAUCUUUGACUUCGGGCUGCUUCUUGAUCUACUUUUUCUCAGGCGGCGUCAUGACGAGCACUAUCGGCAUGAUUGUUGGAAUGGUCAUGUCAGCAUUUGGCAAUGGAACCGGGGUCACAUCGACUUUGAUUGGCUUGAUAUCAAAUUCAACAAUGGAGGAUCAGGCAGUCGUUACAGCCUGCUCAUACCUAUUCCGAUCUUUGGGUUCCGUUAUAGGGAUUUCACUGUCAUCAGGUCUAGUUCAACAGCUUCUACGAGGACGGCUUCAAUCGGACCUACAUGACAGCAAAAACAUUGAUGAAAUCGUCAAUGGAGUUCGAGAGAGUCUUAACUACAUCAAUAAGCUGGAUCCGGAGAUUUCUAAGAUUGUCCGCAACUGCUAUGCCUGGGCGACUAACAAGGGCUUUAGCUUUCUAACUGUUGUGGUGUUCUUUGCCCUUUUCAGCGCCUGCUUUAUGAAUGAAGCCAAACUCAAACGGUAA